AUGAAGCUUCUCUUAUCGACAAUUAUAUCGGAGUUUCUCACAAAGCUUAACCCGCACAUGGAUGGGUUUCUCCACAUCGAUGAGCACGGGAUUUUGCGCCACUAUGAUGGAGAUGGAGAAGUUCUUGACUACGCCAGGCUUGAGCCCACUGAGCUCACUGCCUUUGCUCAAGAGCGCUAUACAGGAGGCACACUCGACGAUCUCCUUGCAGUGUGGAGGGAUGCUGACAGCUCUCUGGUCGAAGAUGAGAUGAUUUGGAACCCGCCUGAGGAUCAUUUCGCACUGAUGAAUUCGGAGGACGCGCUGCCAGACACUCCUGAGACGCUGAAGUCGGGAGACACAAAUCUUCUCGAAGCUUCUGCAACGCUUUCCUGCCGUGACUUCUUUUGCAGGCAAAACAGUCACUGCUCGCUUGCUUGGGGUACUCCUUCACCGUGUCGGUUGUGUCUUGGUGUUUCAAACCACUCUGGCGGCUAUUGUAAUCCGUAA